UAUGACCAAACCCCAAGGAGUAAUUGCCUCUGGCUGAUUGACGUCAGUUAAUGACUGGACUUUGUACCCAAAAGAGGGUUAAAACUGAAGACAGUUGGAGGGAAGUCAUUUCCUCCUUGGAUUGCCCGGCAAGAACAUCUAAAAUGAAAGCCUUCCCUCACCUCGCUCUUCUCAUCCUCCUUUUCGGAGCCUCAGCCAUUGGGCAAAAUACAACUCCUUCAAGUAGCACUACCAUGAAUGACGUAAUUACUGCUGCCACAACACCUGCCACAACUGCCACAACACCUACCACAACAACUGCCACAACACCUGCCACAACAACUGCCACAACACCUACCACAACAACUGCCACAACACCUACCACAACAACUGCCACAACUGCCACAACAACUGUCACAACUGCCACGAAAACUCCACCUACUUCCUCUGUGGCCUCUGUUUCUAUAUCGAGUUCAGUUACAGACGCCACUGUCACGUCUACAACAAGUAAAUCAAGCACAGAUGAAAACACAACAACUGCACCUACCCCUGGCUGCGUUUCUUCUGGGAGCAAUGAGCCAACCACAGUGGUUACUUCUCCAGAAACACAAACGACAGAGACGGACACUGGAUCAUCCCUCAUCACAGUCCCCCAAAGUAAUUCCUCAGAGGCUGUUCCUUCAGUGACUUCUGGCAAUGUCACUUCGCCUGAGAUCAGCACCCCAAACCCUGGUCCCCCAGAUUCCAGCAGUCCUUGCCAAGGAGCUCCCUGUAAAGGCGGUUCUGCAUGUGUUAGCCUGAAUGAUACCUAUUUUUGCCUGUGUUCGUUAGGAUAUUACUAUAACUCUUCCACAUGCAAAGAAGGAAAGCUAUUCCCUGGAACAAUUAGAGUAAAAGUAUCAGAAACGUCUGGUUUGGAAGAUGAAAAUUCUAUGGCCUAUCAAAAAUUACAUAUUAAAGUUACUGAAGUUUUUGUGAAUGCAUUUAACAGUUUUGAUUAUGGACAGACUAUAAUUCGUGAAGUAAGCACCUCUCCUUCAGCAAGAUCGGAAACACGUGCUGGUGAUAAGGAUGUCUCUGUAGAAGUCGUAAACAUUUUCACACAAACUACAAAAGAAGAUGAGGUGACCGUGUCUAAAUCCAUUCAGAAAGCAAUUGAAAACAACAAGGAUGGCAUUACAGGAUAUAUUAUGCAAAGCCUGUGUGAUUAUUAUGGUUGUGAAAAGGAAAACCAGCAAGACAAAUGUGACAAUGGUUUGCUGUGUAAAUGCAAGCCGGGGAUGGAGAGACCUAACCCCCAGAUCCCUGUGUGUGUUGCCUCUGCUCCAAAGUGUCCUGACACCUGCAAUGCAGACCAUAAUAAGCAAUGCUUACUGAACAAGAACAGUGGGAGCCCCGAAUGCGUGUGCCUCUCAGGCUACGAGGAAGAUGAUCAUGGGAUCUGUCGAGAGUGUGCCUUUGGCUACAACGGAGUCAACUGUAAAGACCAAUUUCAGCUGAUCCUAACUAUUGUGGGCAGCAUCGCUGGCAUCCUCGUUCUUGGCCUGGUGAUUGCAUUGAUCUUCUCAGUGAGGUCAAAGAACAAAAACAAGAAUAUUGAAGAACAGAACUUGAUUGAGAACGACUUUCAAAAUUUGAGACUGAAGCAGACUACAGGCUUCAGCAAUCUAGGAGCAGACGGGAGUAUCUUCCCUAAAAUCAGGACGAACGUCCCCAGUCAGCUACACAAUCCCUAUGCAAACCAGAGAAGUAUGCCUCGCCCCGACUACUAGAAUGGCAAAAACUGGAGACCAUUCAUGGCCUCAACCCAGUGUACGAGCUUUUACUUUGAGUGUCUGAAAGACUAAUGGACAAGUGAGCAGCCACAAAGAUCUGGCCUUUGGUAUUUCUCUGCCACCCAGCACCUAGCCUCUCUCAGUGGAAGCUGUGACUGUAGUGAAUGCUUGUUUGCUAAGUACCUAUGAAAUUAAAUGCACAUAGAUGCGAUUCGCACUUGUAAGGCAGUCGAUUUUGUCCAAUCAGUACAAUGGUUAGGUUUCUGUUUUUGUUUUUCCUGGCAACAAUAACCAUGUCCAACCUAGAGAAAAGCUCCCCAGGAUUGUUUGCACCUGGGAGAAUGUUUCUGUGAUAGCCUACCGAUCAGUGACCUAAUUCUGAGAGACUCUUACACAUCAGGUAUGGAGAUCCCAGGGAGGGGUGGGAAGAACUACCAUCUUUUAAGGUUCUCGGGCUUAUUCUCUCACAAGUUAAAAUAGGAUGCUACUUCUAGCCCUCAAAUACGGGAUUUCAUCACUUUUGACCUGCCAGGAUCUUGUGACCUGGUCUCAUACCAAGAAGACAGAAAGAAGACCUGUCUCUCAGCUUUUUGGAGGAGAAGUGACUGGGAAUCCAGGAUCUUUUUGAUGUUAAUUAGAAGGCCCAGACUAGAAAUGUGCACCAUGGAGUACAUUCUAAAGUUGUCGAAAUGCCAGGAGUGGGUAGAGGCAGGGAGAAAGAAAAAUGUAACCAGGAGUGGAAGGAACAGAGGCAGGAGUCUGGGCCUGGAGGAUGAGUAUGAAGGCAGGCAUGCAUGAUCACCUUCGUCCUCAGAUCCCCUCCUCAAUGAGUGAACGGACAUUUCCUCCCACUUACGUCCUACCCGAGACCCAGAGCCUACGUACAAGAGUGAAGACAAAACCCCAGGAGCAAGAGCUGGAAGUCACUUUGAAAUUGCAGACAUUCUGUUCUGCUGCUGAUGAAAGAGAGAGCUUGUGACCCGAUCCAGGUGUCCAGCCUUGUAAUACAGAGUCCAGAGAUGCUUCGUGGAGGCCUCAGCCUUCCCUGGGGACAGAGGCUCAGCAGCGGCCGCCCGCCCACACAGAGCCACGCCCAGCACAGGCUUUCUUUACUGUUAAUAGUGUCCUUGUUUAUGUCUGAUGUCUGGUCCCCUUUCAAGUUAUUUUUAUUUGUUGUUAUUAUUAUUUGUUCUUGACUAUUAACUGUAAAGGUAACAAAUAAAGUGUGUUUGGUA